UUAGUCGUGAAUCGUGAUUAUCUCGUUUCGUAAAUUUUUAAUAAUAUUUUAGUAUAAAUAUGCUCUCUAAAACGUAACAAACAUAUAAAUUAUAUACUUUAUUAACACUUCAAGACAUUGCCAAAUUUAAUUUUGAACUAUGGAGUUGAUUUUAUGGAAAAAUAUUCAUCCGGCCGGAAAGCAAGCAAUUUUGUGUUUUUUAGUUUGCGCUUCUACUUUCACGAUAUCUUUUUUCUCUGGGAGCAUCCUGGGCUUCUCUUCGGAGCUGUGGGCGCUGAAGUACUGGGGCCCGGGGCUGUACUUCUGCUUAUUUAACUUCAUUCUUAGAUAUUGUUACAGGGGCUUCAUAUACGAGGUGUCCGUCAGAUCAGCAUUUCUUGGUGCGGCUUUCGCCACCGGUCUCCACAUCAGCACCUUUGACUCCGGUUGGCGAGUGUUCGGCCUCUACACCAUGGCACUGACCUUCUUCCACUUCUCGGAGUUCAUGGGGGUGGCACUGACGAACCCUCGGACGCUGUCCAUUGACUCGUUCAUAUUGAAUCAUAGUUUGCAGUAUGGGCUCGCUGCUGUGGCUAGUUGGACAGAGUGGGCUGUGGAGUAUUACUUCUUUCCUGAAAUGAAGACAUGCUUUUUGCUGUCGGCAGUAGGAUUCCUUAUGUGCAUCGGUGGCGAGCUGCUGAGGAAGUCAGCCAUGUUCACGGCCAAGACCAACUUUAAUCAUACUGUGCAGUUCGUGAAGAAAUCGGACCACGAGCUAGUGACGCACGGCGUGUACUCACUGUGUCGGCAUCCGAGCUACGUCGGCUGGUUCUAUUGGUCCAUCGGCACACAGAUCACCCUGCUAAACCCAAUCUGCGUGGUGCUAUACACCUUGGCCUCCUGGCUGUUCUUCCGCGAACGCGUCGAGGCCGAAGAACUCACGCUCCUGGCCUUUUUCGGCCCUCAGUACGAGAGAUACUGUCGGGACGUUGGGACAGGACUACCUUUCAUUAAAGGGUAUGACCCUGAUGAAGAGAAGGUAAAACAACGGAGUUAUUGAGAAAUUAUAAGAGCGUAAGUAAAUACAGAGCGUGCCAAAUAGACUUUUGAAUCACAAGGCGCUCUUUUUGUACCAAUUACUAGGUUAAAUAAUCAUCAUAACUAGCGUUAUAACAUUUAAAAUUUUCGCGUUUUGAACACAUAUUAAAUCACAUUUACAAUCGAGUCUAUCGGUAAAUAAAGGUAACAAAAUAAAUUCGCGAUAGACCCGCUCGUAAAUGUGAAUUAAUAUAACUAGCGUUGUUUUAGGGUUAGUUGCACCAACCAUAAUAAGCGGACUAAUCCACGUCACGUACGUGUAGCGAAUUGAUUAUUUCAAUUUGACAUAUUAUAUUUAUUUCAAUUUAUUUAUUGUAAUAUUAUUGAUUAUAAAUUUGCAAGCUUGCGUGCAGGCUAGAUAAUGAAUUGUAACACAGUGUAUUAUAAUCCCCAUACUGGUAUCCUGCCUUUUCGCCGAAAAUUGUAUUGCCGAAUUUCAUUUGCCAACCAACUUUUCGCUUAAGUUUCAUUUGGCCGAAUAACUUUUACCAAAUAAUUAUUUCGCAACCAUUUCAUUUCCCAAC